UUCAUAUAUCUGGCUCCCUUUUUUUCUCUAAAUAAACACAGCAUAUUCCAUUUCCGGACCUCAACUCCGCCGUCCCGUCCAUCUAAUCUAGGGUCCAACCGCCCUUAUCAAUCUCUAACCCUACUGGGCAAUCCGACCUACUCAGUUGAGUAUCUUCCCCGACCCUGAUACCGCACAUCAGUGGACACCAUGACAUCUUCGUUAAGUGAUAAUCGGGGUCCCCUCGCCACUUACAUUGGAGACAGUGCCGUUUUUUUGUGGAGGCCUGGACCCUAGACCCCUCUUGUCAGUUGGUCCGGCCUGUCGUUAAUGGAUGGACGCGCGUAGGUGGUAUAUAUACCUUCGACAACGCAACUUUCUCUACUUGUACUUCAUCUAUAUCACUUCUUUCUUGUUUUAUACCUUACUAGGCCAUAACAAAGCCAUAAAAAAGCACAAGAAACGAAAAUGGUCCUCCUCCGCUCCAUCUAUGCCACCACGGCCACCGUCCUUCUGGGCGCGCAGUCCGUUGCUGCUGCCCCCGUCGCUGCCGCCGCUCCCAACCUCGGAUCGGACAUCUCCAGCGGUUUCCAGGAAGCCGGGGACAAAAUCAAGGGUGUUUUCGAACGCUGUGUCCCCGAUGACCCGACCUCGUGCGGCUCCGGUAACGUCAAGCGUGAAGCUGGAAUUGCGUCCGACAUCAAGGGUGGUCUUGAGGAUGCUGGCGAGAAGAUCAAGGAUACCUUCACUAAGCGCUGCAUUCCUGAUGACCCGACUUCUUGCAGCCCUGGUGACUUCAAGCGCGAAGCUGGAAUUGCAUCCGACAUCAAAGGUGGUCUCGAGGAUGCUGGCGAGAAGAUCAAAGAUACUUUCACCAAGCGCUGUGUCGUUGACGAUCCGACUCCCUGCGAAUCUGAAAUUUCUUAAUAGAAAUAUGGCAGUGCGAUGCUAUACUACGCUGCCUUACUAUGCUGACAUGAGGAUGAGUUGACGUCGUGUAUAUAACGGAGGUUUUUACUUUGUCUAAUGAUAAUCUAUUCCUAAUCCUGGACGGUAUAAGCGAGUAAAUAUCAUUACCAUGUAAAUACACGUAUCCAAGAAAAGAGUAAAAGGAAAGACACCAUUCCACCCGC